AUGGGUAGUUGUAAAAAUGGAGGAAGCAAAAGGACUAGUGAAACACAUAGUGCUCGCAAAGUUCCAGGACGAUGUCACUACCGAGAAGAUUGAAGAACUCAUCAAUGCCUUUGCCAACCUGGUCAAUCUUAUUCCACCCAUGAAAUCCUUCCAUUGGGGCAAAGAUGUGAGUGUUGAAAAUCUGCAUCAAGGCUUCACUCAUGUGUUUGAAUCAACCUUUGAGAGUACAGAAGCCAUUGCUGAGUAUUUAGAUCAUCCUGCUCAUGUUGAGUUUGGAAAUUUGCUACUUUCCAAUCUGGACAAAAUACUUGUCAUUGACUAUAAACCUACCAGUUAACCUUUGAUUGGGAGAGUAAUAAUGUCUCAAUUUCACUGUUAGUAACUCAUAAAAAUAAGUUUGGUUGUUUCUUCUUAAUUAUUGUAAUCUCUACUUUGAUUAUUGUAUGUACUACAAUGGUUUCCUUUAUGAACACAUAUAUCUGAAUUUGAUA